AUGACUGAGCCCACAAAGAUCAGCAUCUUGGGUGAAGAGAGCAUCGUCGCUGAUUUCGGUCUGUGGCGCAACUAUGUCGCUAAGGAUCUGAUCAGCGGCUUGCCCUCGACUACCUAUGUUUUAAUCACGGACACGAAUCUCGGCUCCCUCUACACACCUAGUUUCCAGAAAUCCUUCGAGGCGGCAUCCGCUUCCGUUUCUCCUGCUCCCCGCUUGCUCGUUUAUAAUGCCCCUCCUGGCGAGAGUUCAAAGUCUCGGCAAACGAAGGCCGAUAUCGAAGACUGGAUGCUGAGCCAGAACCCGCCAUGUGGUCGAGACACUGUGGUGAUUGCAUUGGGCGGUGGUGUGAUUGGAGACUUGACGGGAUUCAUCGCGGCGACCUACAUGCGGGGUGUCCGCUUUGUACAGGUCCCUACGACCCUCCUGGCGAUGGUGGAUUCCUCGAUUGGAGGUAAGACGGCCAUCGAUACGCCAUUGGGUAAGAACUUGAUCGGAGCUAUCUGGCAGCCAUCAAGGAUCUACAUCGAUCUCGAGUUCCUCGAAACACUCCCCGUGCGGGAGUUCAUCAACGGCAUGGCCGAAGUCAUCAAGACUGCCGCUAUCUCUAGCGAGGAGGAGUUCACCGCGCUGGAAGACAAUGCUGAGUUGAUUCUCAGUGCUGCACGUAGCGAAGCGAAGCCUGGACACGGCCGCUUUGACAACAUUCGUGACAUUCUCAAGGCCCGAAUCCUGGCGUCUGCUCGUCACAAGGCCUUUGUUGUUUCCGCGGACGAGAGAGAGGGUGGGCUUCGCAAUCUUCUCAACUGGGGCCACUCUAUUGGCCAUGCCAUUGAGGCAAUCUUGACCCCUCAGAUUCUUCAUGGAGAAUGCGUCGCCAUUGGCAUGGUGAAAGAGGCUGAGCUCGCACGUCAUUUGGGCAUCCUGAAAGGUGUUGCUGUUGCCCGUAUCGUCAAGUGCAUCUCCGCGUACGGUCUGCCUACUUCCAUGAAGGACUCCCGAGUCCGCAAGCUCACUGCUGGAAAACAUUGCUCCGUCGAUCAGCUUCUUUUCAACAUGGCCUUGGACAAGAAGAAUGACGGCCCGAAGAAGAAGGUCGUUCUACUGUCAGCCAUCGGACGCACAUUCGAGCCCAAAGCUAGCGUGGUCUCCAACGAGGACAUUGGUGUCGUUUUGGCGCCAAGCAUUGAGGUUUGUCCGGGUGUGCCCACAGGUUUGCAUGUCACCUGUGCGCCUCCAGGCUCCAAGAGUAUCUCUAAUCGUGCUCUCGUACUCGCUGCUCUGGGUUCCGGUACCUGCAGGGUCAAGAACCUCCUGCAUUCCGACGACACCGAGGUCAUGCUGAACGCUUUGGAGAAGCUCGGCGCUGCCACAUUCUCAUGGGAAGAGGAGGGCGAGGUUUUGGUAGUCAACGGCAUGGGUGGCACCAUCACGGCAAGCCCCUCCUCUCUGUAUCUAGGCAACGCUGGCACAGCUUCCAGAUUCUUGACCACGGUGGCGACGCUGGCUAAACCUAGCACCGUCAACGAGAGCGUUCUGACCGGUAACAACCGUAUGAAGCAACGGCCCAUCGGUGAUCUCGUUGACGCUUUGACUGUCAAUGGUGCCGGCAUUGAGUACAUGGAACGUAAAGGUAGCCUGCCUCUCAAGAUUGCAGCCUCAGGUGGCUUCGCUGGCGGCGACAUCAAUCUCGCGGCGAAGGUGUCAUCUCAAUACGUCUCCUCUCUGUUGAUGUGUGCCCCGUAUGCCAAGGAGCCUGUGACAUUGAGAUUGGUGGGUGGCAAGCCCAUCUCUCAGCCAUACAUCGACAUGACCACCGCCAUGAUGCGGUCUUUCGGUAUUGAUGUGAAGAAGUCGACGACCGAAGAACACACUUACCACAUCCCCCAGGGUCAUUAUGUGAACCCGGCCGAGUAUGUUGUCGAGAGUGACGCAUCGUCUGCUACCUAUCCCCUGGCCAUCGCUGCGAUUACCGGUACCACCUGCACAGUUCCCAACAUUGGGUCCAAGUCUCUGCAAGGUGAUGCCCAAUUCGCUGUUGAUGUGCUGAGGCCCAUGGGAUGUACUGUGGAGCAACUGGAUCACUCCACUACUGUCACAGGACCAGCUGAUGGUAUCCUGCGUCCCUUGCCCAAUGUGGACAUGGAACCCAUGACAGAUGCUUUCCUGACUGCCUCUGUUCUUGCUGCAGUAGCCCGAGGCAAGGACUCAAAUCACACAACUCGGAUCUACGGCAUUGCAAACCAGCGAGUCAAGGAAUGCAACCGUAUCAAGGCUAUGAAAGAUGAGCUUGCUAAAUUCGGCGUCGUCUGUCGCGAGCACGAAGAUGGACUUGAAAUUGAUGGUAUUGACCGGUCUACACUUCGCCAACCCGCUGGCGGUAUUUACUGCUAUGACGAUCACCGCGUUGCUUUCAGUUUCAGCGUACUCUCACUGGUCGCCCCGAAGCCGACACUCAUCUUGGAGAAGGAGUGCGUCGGAAAGACCUGGCCAGGCUGGUGGGACACUAUGAAUCAACUCUUCGGGGUAAAGCUUGAGGGCAAAGAACUCGGGGAGGAGGAACAUGCCGUCUCGGGCUCUGAGGAGCGUGUGAAUGCUUCAGUCUAUAUCAUCGGAAUGCGCGGCGCUGGCAAGACUACUUCCGGUAACUGGGUUGCUAAGAGUCUUGGCCGACCCUUCAUCGAUCUUGAUACUGAAUUGGAGAAUAUUGAAGGUUUGACCAUUCCUGACAUCAUCAAGCAGCGUGGUUGGGAAGGGUUCCGUGAUGCAGAGUUGGCCCUGCUCCAGCAGACCAUGCAAGAUCGCCCCCAAGGAUACGUCUUUGCAUGCGGUGGUGGCGUUGUGGAGAUUCCGGAGGCCCGCAAGCUUCUCGUCGAUUACCACAAAAACAAGGGUAACGUGCUGCUGAUCAGCCGCGACAUCAAGCAGGUCAUGGACUUCCUGCAAAUCGACAAGACCCGACCUGCUUACGUGGACGAUAUGAUGGGUGUCUGGCUGCGCCGCAAGCCGUGGUUCCAGGAGUGCAGCAACAUCCAGUAUCAUAGUCAACACGCCGGCCAGGCUGAACUUGCACUGGCUUCUGAAGAUUUCGAGCGCUUCAUGCUGGUUGUCACUGGACGGAAGGACACUCUUGCUGAAAUCAAGAAGAAGAAGCACUCUUUCUUCGUCUCUCUGACUCUGCCCGACCUUCGCGAGUGCGGUGACAAGCUUCACGAGGUUUGCGUCGGUUCGGACGCCGUGGAGUUGCGUGUGGACCUUCUCCAGGAUCCUGCUGCCAAUGGAGGUGUUCCCUCUGUUGACUUCGUCGCGGAACAAAUGUCCUUCCUCCGCCGCCGAGUCUCACUGCCUAUCAUUUUCACCAUUCGAACGCAGAGUCAAGGAGGACGCUUCCCCGACGACGAUCACGAGGCUGCACUAGCACUGUAUCAGCUAGCGUUCCGUUCUGGUUGUGAGUUCGUUGAUCUCGAGAUCGCCUUCCCAGAUGAUCUGCUUCGUACUGUGCUGGAAAUGAAGGGACACUCUAAAGUUAUUGCAUCCCAUCACGAUCCCCAGGGCAAGCUUUCGUGGGCAAACAUGUCCUGGAUUCCCUCAUACAACCGAGCGCUGGAGUACGGUGAUAUCAUCAAGCUCGUCGGUGUUGCCAACAGCUUGGAUGACAACACAGCGCUGCGCAAAUUCAAGACAUGGGCUGAGCAGGCUCAUGAUGUUCCUCUGAUCGCUAUCAACAUGGGCGAUCAAGGCCAACUGAGCCGCAUUCUGAACGGCUUCAUGACCCCGGUAUCUCACCCCAGCCUCCCAUUCAAGGCUGCUCCUGGUCAACUGUCCGCAGCUGAGAUCCGUCGCGGUCUGGCUCUGAUGGGAGAGAUAAAGCCUCAGAAAUUUGCCAUCUUCGGAUCACCUAUUGCUAUGUCUCGGUCGCCUGCGCUCCACAACAAAUUAAUCAAGGAGGCUGGCCUUCCGCAUGAAUAUGGGCGCUUGGAGACCACCAAGGUUGAGGAUGUGAGGGAAUUCAUUCACGCUCCUGACUUUGGAGGCGCCUCCGUCACCAUCCCCCUGAAGCUGGACAUCAUGCCACUUCUGGACGAAGUCGCCAAGGAGGCUGAGAUCAUCGGCGCCGUCAACACCAUCGUCCCCGUUUCAGAUGGCGACAAGCCCAAACGUCUAGUCGGUUACAACACCGACUGGCAAGGUAUGGUGCAAGUGCUCCGCAAUGCCGGUAUUUACGGCUCCUCGGGCACCGAAAGCGCCGUGGUGAUCGGAGGUGGCGGUACCGCCCGCGCUGCUAUCUACGCCCUCCACCAGAUGGGUUACUCGCCGAUCUAUGUGGUCGGUCGCAGCCCCAGCAAGCUCGAGGGCAUGGUGGCGACUUUUCCAACUAGCUACAACAUCCGUGUUGUCGAGAACCCGGAGCAGCUGGAGACGGUGCCGCAAGUGGCCAUCGGCACCAUUCCUGCUGAUCGUCCCAUUGACCCCGUCAUGCGCGAGACACUCUGCCACAUGUUUGAGCGCGCUCAAAAGGCUGACGGCACCGUGAUCGGCAAGUCCGUCGCGGGACACACGCCCCGCGUCCUCCUCGAAAUGGCCUACAAGCCUGCGGUGACUGCGUUGAUGCAAUUGGCUGCUGACGCUGGAUGGAAGACCAUUCCUGGUCUGGAAGUUCUUGUUGGCCAAGGGGUGUAUCAGUUCACUCACUGGACCGGUAUCACUCCACUCUACCAUGUUGCCAGGGAUACUGUUAUGGGCUCUGAUGUCUGA